UUUUCCAUUUAAACUUUGCCAUCAAGCCUAAUGUCGAACGUAUAAUACCCAAUAUUUUGAUUCCGAAUAAACUGAAAAUCUGAUUCAGUUACAACGAGGCUUCCUCUAAACUGAAAAACGAAUAUUUUACGUUUAAAAACGAGAAACAUUUUUUCAACUUUUAGUACCGCUAAUUUACUAGUUCUAUAUUUAAAUUCACGUGCUGGCUUCAAUCGAAAUGAAAACAAAACUUCUACUACAGCUAUCAAAAUAGAACAACAUGGCGGCGCGCAUGUUUAUAACGUUGUUUUAUGUGUGUUAGUGUAGUAUUAGUACUGUUUUAAUGUUUUUAGCUUAUUAGAACUAUUAACAAGUGUAUAAACAACCAAUUGUGAUAAAGUUGUGUUCAAAAUUUAUAGUCAUAGUUCCAAAUCCGUCUAUCAGUGUAUAAUAUUCGAAGAAAUGCUAGUGCGACAUGGAUCAGGAGGAGAACAUUACGACUUUGUUGAGUAUGGGAUUUGAAAAUAUUGACGAUAUUAGGAAAGCUUUGCGGCUUGGAAAGAAUGAUAUCAACGAAGCUGUCUCUAUACUUACUAAUGAACAUGCUGAAUUUCAUUUAGGGAGUGAUGAAAAUAUGAAAGAUGUUUCUUCUAGUCAUGUCAGUAAUGUCGCGCCUCCACCUUACGAGCCGCUUAAUAACACCCAAGCAGUUCAAACAAAUCUCAACAAGCCAGAUGAAGCAAUGGAAUCUGAUGAAUUUCCAACUACUAAUUUGUAUGAGCUCGAAACUAGAAUUUUUACAGAUCAUUGGUCCAUACCUUUUAAAAAAGAAGAAUCACUUGGAAAGUGUAUAAUUAGUGCUACCCAGCUUGCAGAAGAAGGUUUAUGUGAAGUCCAUGAAAACUGUAGAAGAUUUAUUGAACGUGUAUUACCCGAAGCUUUUAAAAAGCUUUUGACAUCCGGUGCUGUGCGUAAUUGGGGCUUAGAUGUUCAAGAAGGUGUUCGUUCCAUGCUGCAUUUAUUUAUUAAUUUAGUCACCACUCGACUUAAAUCUGAUCCAGUUCCUGAAACAUUAUGCCAAGUUUUGGAAAAGGCUUUUGAUCCAGAAGCAGAAUUUCAUAUGAAAAAUAGGCAUAAACCCUGUGCAUCUUCACAUUGGCUAGAUUCUGUUUUUGCCCCUGACCAAGCUUUUGCUGUUAGUCGCAAUAGCAUUGAACCUUAUGGUUGGUUAGUUGACUUGAUAAAUAAGUUUGCACAGCAAGGGGGAUUUAAAGAAAUUCAAGAACGUUUUAAAAGUGAUGAUAUUACAACUUUGGGUAUGGCGGCAAUGCUUGCACCAUUAGCUAAAUGUGCAGAAUUUCUGAAUCCCACCAAAAUAUGUCCGCACCUCUCAGUUUGUAUGGAUAUAGCUGUGCAUCACAUAAAGAGCUUGACAGACAAUGAUAUCAAAAGCAAGAACGUUUGUUCCAUCUCUGAACUUUUAAAGAGUAUGAAAUUAUUGUGUCUUCACUUGUGGCCUCAACAGGUGAUUGUUACUAACAAAUUGUGUCUUGAGGUCAUUCUUCGUAUGUUAAAAUGCCCACAUUUUAAUGCUCGAAUGAAUGGCUUGAAAGAGGUGAUGAAAUUAAUUGAUGAUACUUCUAGCAUGAGAUCAUCGAAAAUUGCUAUAGACUCAGACAAUCUUUUAAAUUGGUUGUCUGAAAACAAAGUCUUAUCUAUAGCUUUAGAAGGCAACAUUGACCAAGUUCAGUAUACAGAAAAGAUUAAAGGAAUUGUGGAAUUUACUGGACACCGAUUAUCAUUAGAAGAAUUGACUAAAAUUUGGAUGAUGCAGGAUGGGCAAAAUGCACAGAUUGUUGAUAACAUCCACUCUAUAAUGUUAGCUGCUUCAUCAAAAUUUAAUUCAGAACAGUUUGAACAUAUGCUGCAAUUAGUGCAAGAAAGUUGGCAAAAUACUACUGAUCAAAUUAGAAAGCGAUUAAUAAUUUUCAUUGGUCGAGUAGGAAAAGAGACAAAUCAAGGAAAGUCAUCAACCAAAAUUGUUGACUUACUAUGGGAAUUGGCACAUUCAUUAAAUCUCUCUAUGAGUUUGAUUGAACUUGCUUUAGAAGAACAAUUUUCAAUACUGAGAGAUGUUUCUCAUAAAGAUUGCAUAAAAAAACAGUAUUGUGUUAAAUGUAUUGAAGAUAUAAAAAAAGGAGUUAAUGUCCUUCCCGCACUUCGUUUAUUACACAACAUUUGUAAAAGCAUUUUAAAAUCUGGGGUAUAUAAGCAAGACCGAGCUAGUUUGCAUGAACUGAACAAAAAUCAUGACAUGUUAAAAUUAGUAACCACUAGUUUAGCUAAGUGUCACAAACAAGCAGCUUUAGCUGCCGCUAAUGGAGAUCUGAAGCCUUCAACUAUUGUUGAUGGUAGAUACUCUCAUGAAGACUAUCUGAUUGAACAUUUAAGUUUCAUGCAAUUCAUUUUACAAGAUGGUGCUCAGUAUUUACCAUGGAUUAGAGCUAAAGAUAUUUGGGAGGCUUUGAUAUCUGAUCCUGAUGCAUGUGACAGAGAUAGGGAGAUAUGCUUGGAAUGGUUUACUAAAUGUCUUCAAGAUCUUGAAUCGGAAACUCAAACUUCAUUAUUUCAAAACAAGUUAUUAAAGUUAGAACCAGCUCAGCUGACAUAUACAGGUUUUAAUUGUUUCAAAACUUACUUUGAGAGUGUCAAUGCUUCUGAACAUAGAUUAAAGCGAACACCAUCAUCAUUAAAUGUAGAAAAGUUGGAGUUAAAUGGAAUUGAUUUUUUAUGGCAAGUUGCUUUAUCUUCUGAUGAGGUUAUUGCAAAUGUCGCUAUAGAUUAUUUGUUGGAAAUAUCUUAUCAUGCCUUAGUUCCAAGACUUAAAAAAGAUGUAUUAUCUUUACACAAUAGAUUUAUCAAUGAAUGCUACAAAAAACUUGAAUGUGUUUCUAUGUCUUUAAGUGGUAAUGCUAUGAUUGCUGCAGUUUCUAAUGCAACAAAGACACUCACAGCUAUUUCUGUUCUUGAAGCAGCUACAUCUCCUGCUCCCAAAAAGUCUGAAAGAUUUCAAAACAUUUGUAGGUUACUGCAAACAGCUGAACGAUACAUUUCAUCGAUUGAAGAAAACCAUCCGACACCUCGAACUAUUUUAUCUCAUGGGACUUCUUUUGUUGGUCAUCCACUUCUACUUAAAAUUUGUAUUGAAUCAACAAAAGAAGAACAUCUUGUUAUUACUCACAGUAAUGAGACACUUGGAUCUGUGAAACAAAGAAUCGCCCAAUACUUGCACCACAAUCCCCUUCAAGUUCAUCUCUAUCAGGAUGAUAUUUCAAUACCUCGAAAUAAGGAGCAGAGACAGAUGAGCCAAUUAGGUUUUCAGGAUGGCAUUGUUUUGACAGUGAAAUGUGAAUCUAGAAAUUACUCUGGUUAUGGUUCAUUAACUCUGAUGUCUGACUCUCUUUCUGCUGGAAAUCAUUCACCAUUUUUUUCAGAACAUUUGGAUCAGGAGAAAGUUCUACCUGGUGUAGUUAUGGCAGCUGGAGGUCAUGUAUUUGAUAAACUGUACCAGUUGUCUACCUUUGAGGAUGCAAAUAUUACUUCCCAAGUUCGAAGUUUAUUGCAUCUUAUUCCUACUGAUCCGGCUAUACUGGAUGCAUUGGAUUCAAUAAGUGUUAAAAAAAUCACUGAAAUUCCAUCUCCUGGAACUCCAAAAAGCAGUCCGAAAUCCAGUCCCAAGAAGUUCACUGUUACCUCUCCCACUAAAGAGCGAUGCGAAUCACCGAAAGAAGUUCUGAAACAUUUAUUUGAUGUUUCAUAUCAAAUGUCACCUUUUAAACUUUUGUACAACCUUGAGGUUCUUAGUGGAAAGUUGAUGCCUGUUGUACAAGAUACUAAUACGCUGCAAAGUGCCCAAAUGUUCAGCAAUCAUCUUUUAUCUGCUGGUGGUUUAUCUCUUGUUCUGAAUGUUCUUCAGAAGGAUAGCAUAUCAUCUGAUAUAGAUUAUGAUAUAAGGCAGGGAUGUUAUUUGACAGCACUGGCUAUUGCAAGAUUCCUUUUGUGUGGUGAAAGUGGAUUAGAAGUAACAUCAUUGUUUGGCCAUCCUUUGUCAAAUAUUUUAAGUGGAAAUGGUGGAAAGUUAUCUAUUAUUGAAUUUUGUACCAGCACUGCUAUAACUGAUGAGUUUUCAAGUGCAGUAACUAGACUAAAUGGUGUGAAAGCUAUAGAAACCAUAAAACCUAACGAUCUUUUGCUUACACUGUCAAGUUUAGUUCGUUUGUCUUGGGCUGCUGCAGCUGGUAAUUUACUUCUUGUAAACUGUGCAUUACCUUCCAAAGAGAAUGCACAUUUUAGCAUGGGAAGGAGGAGUAGACAGAGCAGUACUGGUAGUAAUGCUAGUAGUGGUAGUGACAAUGGUGAUGGAUUCACAUUGCAAGGUGGUGUUUGUGCCCAGCAGCAACAUGUUGGAGAAAAAGAUGUUAGACUUGCACUCAAAGCAUUAAAUUUUUUGGUUACCUGUAUCAAAUUACGGACAGACGUUUUCAGUAAAUUUGCAGCGCUGCCUUGUAUUAGUGAAUUUGUUAUUGAUGUCUUAUUGUGUUCUUCGAGUAUUGCUGUGCGACAGUGUGCUCUGGAGGAAUUUACCAAGCUUAGCUCUCUUGUGAUUAAUUCUUCUCCAAAUCCUCGAGAUUUUUUAAUAGGAAUUUUGCUCAAAGCUCGCUUGCCUUUGUGGGUCCCUUCAAGUUGUACCAGAGGAGAUAGUCAAAAACUGCUUUCUCAAUGCACGGAGUAUUUUGAACUUGGAUGUAGACUCUUAAAAGGCUUAACAGAUUUUGAUCAGAAAGGUCUACAUAUUGAUCCAAGACAGAUGAUAGAAGAUGAAGUUACAUGGCUUCAAGGGUUCUCAACCUCUUCAUUGCCGGCAUUGCAAUCUGCUGAUAGUGCUCUGUUAGCUGGGCAUUUUCGUUUGAUCAAAACUCUUCUGACUUGUGAUGGUGUACAUAAACUAGAAGCUGGUAAAAUACUGAUACCAGACCUUUUGAUGAAUUUUUUAUUCCCUGCAUCUCUCAUGAUAUCAGCUGGCAGCACUUGUACAAAUAAGAAUUCUUCACAGGAUUUUGCUCCUAAAUGUAAAAGUUUAGAAUCUUGUAUCGCUGCAUUCGAGGUUUUAGUUGAACUUGCUACAGGGUGCCCAGAAAAUAUGGAAAAAAUUGCUAAACAACUAAUAUCUAUGCAUCAUAGCAUGAAGCCUGAACUUGCUAAGGAAUAUGAGUAUGAACCUUUAGUGGCUGCCAGAGCUACAUGUGGGUACGUUGGCUUAAAGAAUGCAGGUGCAACUUGUUAUAUGAAUUCAGUUAUUCAGCAAAUAUAUAUGCAACCUGGUAUAAAAGAAGCCAUUUUAUCAGUUGAUGAAAACGAACCUGAUGAGGAUGGCCUUUUUUAUCAAUUUCAAAUGGUAUUCGGCCACCUUUUGGAGUCUCGUUUGCAAUAUCAUGCACCAGAAAAAUUUUGGAAAUGCUUUCGAUUGUGGGGUCAGCCUAUUAAUGUUCGAGAACAGCAAGAUGCAUUUGAGUUUUUUACUCAUUUGAUAGAUCAAGUUGAUGAAUAUCUUAUUAAAAAUGAAUGGGAUCCAGUUUUUAAGCCUAAGUAUGAAGGGACAUUUUCUGAUCAGAAAAUAUGCCAAGGAUGUCCUCACAGGUAUGAAAGAGAAGAAACGUUUAUGGCUUUGAACUUGCCUAUUAAGAGUCAAAAUCUUAUUGAUUCUUUGGAUCAUUUUGUGAAAGGAGAACUUCUUGAAGGUCCCAAUGCUUAUUUAUGUGAAAAAUGUCAUGAAAAGCGCAACACUAUUAAAAGAACUUGCAUCAAAAAUUUACCUCCAGUGCUGGUUAUUCAGUUAAAAAGAUUUGAUUAUGAUUGGGAGUCAAACAGAUCCCUAAAAUUUGAUGAUUACUUUAAGUUUCCUUGGAAAUUGGACAUGCAACCUUAUACAGCUGAAGGUAUUCAUGAGAAAGAAAGUUCAAAAAGUGACAAUGAUAGUGAUGAUCAAGUUGUACCUGCUUUUACAGGAACUCCUACUAAAGUAGGGAACUCAAUGUAUGAAUUAGUUGGAGUACUAGUACAUAGCGGGCAAGCUAAUGCUGGACAUUAUUACAGUUACAUCAAAGAAAGAAGGUUAGAUGCUGGAGACAAACUUUCCAAAUGGUUCAAGUUUAAUGACAUAACUGUUGAGGAUGUGGAUAUGAAUGAUAUGACUAUUGAAGCAGAAUGUUUUGGUGGUACAUAUAAAGCUAAAGUUCGAGAUUCAAACAGCUCUUAUCCUGAAACUAGGCAAAGGUACUGGAAUGCAUACAUGUUGUUUUAUGAAAAAUUAGACGAGGUUAUAAAAACUCCAAGAACACCUCGAAAGACUCCGAAUAAAUUUUCUUUUCGAAAAUCUGAAGAGUUUUCUAAUCUUUCUAGAACACCUAAGAAGCAACUACCAUUGCAGCACAACAGUCCACAAAGACAAAGAGAUAGUUUGAGUCAAUUGACUCAGCUGGUUGACAGAGGUGAAAGGCAUGGACUGUUUUUAGAAAAAAUGCCAGCUCGGAUACAACAAGUUGUCCAGGACGAAAAUUUACGCUUUAUGCACAAUUGUGAUAUUUAUAAUGAUUCCUACUUCCUAUUUAUACGCAAGCUGCUCUUUGCCAAUGUUGAUCUUGUGAGUGCUCCCAACUUUCCAUAUUAUGCCGUAAAUAGCCUGAUGCCACUUAGUCUAAAUUUCCUUUUGAACACUUAUUUGCGGUACAAGAAGCGUACAAGUGAUACUAUGAAUGAUAUGGUAGAUUUUAUUGAAAAAGUUAUGACUCAUUGCCAGGAAUCAUCGUUUUGGUUUAUCGAAUUUUUCAGCUCAGAUGCUGGUUUGAGCUAUUUAAAGCCUUUUUUAUUAGACUGUCCAUGUAGAGAAGUGAGGCAAGUGUUUGCUAGGAUUUUAGAAAAGGGUAUUACAAACUUUCUUCGUCAUGAUGGCGAAGUGACUUCUCCAAACUUGCACAGUAUUAUUAUCCAUCUUCUAGACAUGCUGUCCCAUGAUGUGCCAGAUAAUUGUAAAAGCUGUAGCCAAUACUUUUGGUUACUCAGUACUUAUGCCCAAUUGGGUCACAAAACAUGCAGUCAUCUAAUCCAGAAUAAUGCUUUCCAAAGACUUCUUACUUUUUUGUUAGGACCUGCAUCUGCAAAUAUGCAAAGUUUGGAAACCUUCCCAAGGAGAUGGACACCCUUACAAACACAGGAAUUUGGAUCUCUGCAUAUAACUAUGGCAUUUUUAACAUUAAGUUGCGAUUUAACGCCUCACAGAACAACUGAACUGGAAGAUUUCUCCGAACGCACUUCUAUUUGGUCCGCUAGCGAAACAUUUCUUUCUAUGCCGAAAGAAAUUGCUGAUGCUUUAUAUGGUCCUGGUUCACCAAGAUACUUACAGGAGGUUGUGAGUGCUUGCAGAGAAGUUUCUGGAUCUAUAUCUGUUUUUACUGAUAUGCUAGUGCAGUGCUCAUUUUGUAAUGAAAUUUUCUCUAUUUCCGUUAUUCGUCAAAUUAUGCUUCAGUACUCAUCUGUGCCAUCCAAUGAAUUGAAAAAUCUGUCAUUUCUGUUAUUAGAAAUAUUAGCUAUAGAAGAUUCCUUGCAGUUAAAUCGUGUACAACUAGUGAUUGAUGGAAUGUGUACUGAAAGCCUUCCUUUCUUUGAUGGAAUGCUUGCUAUUAUUCGAGCCAACGAAACUAGUGAUAGUCGUAGGUCAUACCAAGGAGUGAAAUUUCUUGUUAGUCUUUCUUUAAAGUGCUCAGUUGCAAAAGAUUAUCUUUUACAAACGCCAGAUAAGUGGCAAUGGGCUGUUAAUUGGCUUAAGAAGAUGAUGUCAGAGCAUAGCUAUUGGACGCCAUCCAAUGUUUCUGUUUCCAAUGAAGAUUCAAACACCAAAACAUUUCAAAGGACAGUUAGUGCUCAGGACACUCUUGCUGAAGCCACUGCCCUGCUUGUUGGUCUGGAGUCACCCGAUUCUAAAGAUAUUGUCAUGGAUGUAGAUGAAGAUGAUAAAGAGAUCACUGUUGUAGAUAAAGUACCUUCUCAUUUUUCAGCAAAAGAAUUAAGAAGAGCUUCAAGAAUGCAAGGUCUAGAUUCUAUUGAUACAUAGACACCUCAAGCCUUAAUGGGGAUAUUGUUGUGCCUUUUUAAUAAAUGCCAAAGUUAAAACUAUUAUUGUACAGAAAUCAACUUUUUGAAGAAAAAAAAAUAUUUUUGUGUUACGAAAUCUCAAGGUGCUGCUUCAAUAAUAAUGUUUUGUUACAAAUGUGUUUGUACAGUUAAUUAUUUUGUACAAGACGUUGAAAUAUUUCCGUGUAUUUUAUUGUUAAAAAUUGGUAUUUGUGUUGCUCAAGAAUAAUAAGCUUUCAAUUUUAAUCUUUAAGUACUAAUUGUUAAGGAAUGCUUGAAUUUAAAUUGAUAUUGUAAAUAAGUGUAAAUAGUUAUGUUGAAGUAUGAAAUUAAUUCUAAUGUACAGCGCAGAAAAAAAGGGACCGUCCUGGAUAACAUUUGAUCUAAUGAUCAGAUCUUCACAAUCUAGGACUUAAUGGUUCGAGGAGGUGAUUUCAAAUAUGCUAACCAAUAAGUGCAUACGAUAUUUUAAGUUAUGAAAUCACACCCAAACAUACUUUCUCUGAACAAACAUACCUUUUUUUUUAUAUAAACAAUUUUUUUAAAAUUUGAUUUCUCGGGAACUAUUCCACCGAUUUCGCAUUAAUUUGUAUUUUGCCUUGUAAAAUUACAUACUUUAAAAUGAUGUAAAAAGUUGUAUUCUUUACAAUUCAAAAUUUUUUUGACUCUUAUUUAAUAAAAUGAUAAAGAACAGUAAAUACUUACUUAAAUUAAUUUUUGCAUGGACCUAUCAUUGGAUAAACGAAUUUAAUCUUUGUGUGCAAAAAGUUUUCAGUUCUCCAAAAAAGUUCUUCAGAUAUGGCGAAGUACGCAAAAAAUAAAAAAGACUUUUUAAUUAACAUUAAGGGGUCCAAAUUUUGGACCCCUUCCCCGAUUGAACUAAGAAGACUACAUUUCCCAGAUUGUGGCAACCCCAUAUAUAUUUAGGGAGAAGAAAUCCAAAUCUUUUUUAAAAAGGGUAUGUUUAUUCAGAGAAAGUACGUUUUUGUGUCUUCUUUUCUAACUUAAAAUAUCGUUUGCACUAAUUAAUUAGCAUAUUUGAGGUCACCCUCUUUAACCAUUUAGAUUGAGUCCUAAAACGUGAAGAUCCGAUCGAAAGUUAUUUAGAGUGGUCUGUUUUUCAUUGGUGCAUUGUACUUGUAAAUUGUGUUUGUUAUUCUUAAAGGGCAUUAAUUGUAAGAAUUUGUAACUGUGUUUUAUUUUCAGCUUUUUUAUUGAACAAAUUUCUUUUUUUUUAAUAUACAUUUUUAUACUUUUUUAAAGUUUUAUUUUUUAGUAAAUUGGGCUUCCUAUAAAUACUUUAGUCAGGAGAUUUCUUACUGUAUUAUUUUUUUUUUAAACUUUGUAUGUAAGGAAUAUCACAUACAUUUCUUAUGUUCUAAAAACAAGAAUGGUUUUCUCUUGAUUGCUCUUGCUUUUAAAUGUUGUUUGUAAGAAAUGAAAAAAAAAGAUUUUUUUUUGUUGAUUUUUACGACUGUUUAGAAAAAGUAUGUUUGUAAAAACAAUGUCUGGAUAGAAAAAAAGUAACAAACUAUAUGUAUUACUGCUUCGUUAAAAUCAAAAUUUGCAUAAAUGUUUUGCAAAAUGUCUAUUAAAUAGAUGCACGUAAGAUAAAAGCAUCCACUCUUAAUUAGCUUAAAAAGUUUAUUCCGUAUUUAUUCUUUAUUUGUAAAAUAUUCAAACGAUUGUUGCUUGUUUAUGAAGUAUAUCAUAUAUUUUUACGUGUUUUAUUUCCAAAAUGAAGCAAAUAAGUGCCCUGUAAUUGAUGAGAAAUCAUAUAAAGUUGGGGGGGGGGAUACACUUAAUUUUGGUGUAAGAAGAAAUUUACAAAAAUCUGGAAACUUUAUUUCAUUAAAUAUUUUUUUUAAAAAACGAUUUACAAAAUAUUUGGUUGAUUUUAUAUAUUUAAAGGAGGUUCUAGUUUCCUCUGCACAUGUAUGAGUGCAACACCCUAACCAGCACAGUUUCUCAGUUAUUGAACAAUUCAAACUUUAAGAAUGUACUUUUUAUUUUAGUUGAUAAUACAAAAAUAUUCCCUUAAACUUGUGCCAAUUUAACAACUCUGACUUUUAUUCUGUGAAAUGAUUUUAGAUGAGUCUUGUUUAAGUGUAAAAAAAACUUGGAUCUGUUUGCAAAAUUUAAAAACUAAUGAAAAUGAUCAUGCACUGAACUUUAGAAAAUCUAUUAAACAGUUAAUGGGAUAUACAGUAUUUAAAAUCUUAGUGGUGUAGUUCCUUAUCAAAAAUUAUAAAUUGUGCGGAAUGCAUUUGUGUUUUAGAGUUUUUAUGGUGAAAAUUAUUUUUUAUAUUUUUCUGAUGUAUUGGAUAAAGGUCCAUUGAAUAAGGGAUGUAAGAAAGUAAACAUCAGUGAAAUCAAGAGCACCCGUGAUGAAUACCAGUGAAAUAUUUAAUUAUAUUUUAAACUGUUUAAGGUACUUAAUAAAACAAGAAAUGGAAACACUAGAAAAUCAAAAUAAUUUUAGAGGCUAUCGGUUUGUUUCUGUAGUUAUUUGUGACUUAAAAAUCGACUUUAUAUUUUGAAAUAAUAUUUAUAAUUUAUGUAUUAUUUUAUUCAUUCUUAAAACAUGAUGGUGAGAUAUUUCUCUACUUAAACAUUGUAGUAUCCAUUUCUUCCCGGUUCUUUGAUUACCUAGAUUAUUUUUCCUAUUUAUACAUUUAAGAAUAUAGUUUCCCAGUACUUUAAUAUUUUUUAUUAAUGUUUUGUAUCUGGUGCUAAUAUUUCUAAGUUAAAGUUACUUAUAUAGAUAUUUAAAUUUGUUGCUAUGGUGUAUUUUAUCCAUUUUAAUCAAAAGAAAUAAAUGAAUUACAAUAUUUGAAUUUAGAUUUAAAUUUUGUUUUAAAGUUUGUAGUGUUUUAAUGUACUGUUUUUGAUAAAUUUUAAGAUUUAUGGGUAUUAAAUAAAUUUCUGUUUUUUCUGCCAUCCAUUUAUUAUUUUGUCUACAAAUGGGUAAAACAGUAUUUGAGUAAUUUUUUGUUUUGACAUUUCCAAGACAUGUCUUUUUUCCCCUUAAAUUAUGUUAAAAAAAAUAUUUAGAAUGAUUUUAGGAUACAAUAGAGUAGCUGUUUUCUGUAAAUUGUAGAUUUCUUGAAAAUUGUAUUAAAGGGAUAAAAAUUAUGGGUGCUUGCUUACUGGAAAUACCAUUAGUGUUAUGACUUUUGAGCUCAUUGUGUUAACUUUUAUUGUAGAAUUAAAUUAUAUACAUACUAUGUAUUUUUUAAUAAAGCAAUAGUUUUGUGAAUAUGUAAAUACAAAGUUGAGCCUUUGAGUUUUAAAUUUUGCCUCUUUUUUUCGUUUUUGAAAUAAAAUAUUAUUUUUGUAUUUUUAA